AUGGACUCUGUUCCCGCCGCCUUCGCAGACUUGCUCUCGGACUCAGAUCGCGCUGUUCUCGCCGACUUGUCUGAUUCUUCCGUGCAAAAAUGGGCUCUCGAGAAAGUCGAAGAGCACCGUAGGAAGAUGUUUGCGUUUCGGACUUUCCACAACACUCUAGCCCCCAUUCACCGCACCCUUCCUACCGAGAUGCUCGCCGAAAUCUUCUCUCAUUGCGGAGAAGAUCCGCGGGGCAUGCGUAUCAUGCUUGUUUGCCGGCAUUGGCGCUCUGUCCUGCUCAAAACCCCGCGCUUCUGGGUCGCAGUUGCUGCAAACAAGGCUUUCCUCGACAUCUUCAGGAGGGACGACGUUCCUCUAGCCACCGCUACACGGGAACUCGAACUCGCCCGCGUACAAAGAAUUCUCAAGCGGACCGCGUCCGAGCUGCUUCGCCUCACCUACACCGACUUACCACCCGAAGCCGUCGGCACCCUUGCUACAUACGCAGAGAAAAUUGUUUACCUAGACGUUAGUGUGGCCUCAACGAGGGAGCUCAUCGCCCUCUGCGAAUCCUUCACCUCCGGCUUUCCUCGAUUGGAGACCUUCGGGGUUGUCUUUCGGGAACCCUGGGGCUUUGAUCACGCUCAGUGGACUUCCAUAUCGAGAACGUUAACGGGAAGGACACCAGUCGCUCCUCGCCUCCACACUCUGCUCCACAUGCCCAUCACCCUCUUUUCGUACUUUGCGCUUCCAACACUACUCACGGCGCACGUCACCAAACCCCUAUUCGAGACUAGCAUCCACCACGAGCUUGUUACCUCACUACGCAAAUGUCAGAAUCUCGUCCACCUCAAGAUCUCACUGAACGAGGACCCCAUUCCGACAGCAAAUCCGGUUGAAACGGUGGACAUACCCUCCCUCAAGUCGCUUCAUAUCGUUGGCAGCCUAUCUCGUGUCGCUGAGGUCCUCGAGCCGAUAUCUGUCCCACCCACAGCGACCGUCCGGAUUGAGCUGCCCAGCUCCUAUGACACAGAUGAUUGGACGCUCGACGCGUUUGACUUGCGGCGCGGGAGCGUACGCAUCAUUACGUCUCUCCUGCAAACAAUCGACACUGUGCGCUUGCGGGACUGGCUCGACGAGUCGCACGAAUGGAGACCGAUUGCAUGGGGGUUUCUCGCAAUCGGUUGCACCGGCCGCUCGCAGCGUGUUGAGUUCAAGUCCGAGUCGACCCAGCUUAUCCGCGAUACACUAUUGACAUUUCCUCUCGUCGCGCUCUUCCGCACGUACGCUGCCGCCGUCACUCUUCUCUCUAUCCAUAUGUCUUUCGUGGCCGGUCAAGAUCACAAGUACCGCCGUUUCAUCAAAGCGCAAGAAGCCGCCGCGGAGACACACGACGAGACGGACUCGGACCCGGACCCGGACUCGAACUCGAACUCGAACUCGGAUUCGGACUCGGAUUCGGACUCGGACUCGGACCCGGACUCGGACUCGGAUUCGGACCCGCACUUUGAGACUCUCGACUCGGACGACUACGACGAUGAAGAGGUCUACCGGGCGUCGCGUCAAGUGGACACAGGGAGCCUGCUCCGCGCCUUCCCGCACCUCGUGGACCUCGAGAUCGCCGGCCCUUGCGUCCCGGCGGUGUUGGAGGCCCUGAUGUCGCCGGACGACGUCUCCGCGGCACCGGGCGCCGCGGCUGUGUGCCCCCAAUUGCGAGGGCUCACGGUCCUGUUCCCCGUGGUGGACGAGGAGGAGGUGAGCGCCGUGGCGCGAGGCAUCGCCGAGGAGGCGAGCGAAGUGACGCUGCUGGAAACGGUGGAGACGCACCGUGCGCUGCUGGUGAGGGUGCUCGCGCGCCGCUCGGCGCGUGGAACCCGACUCGUACGCCUGGAGUGGGCGGAGCGGUCGUGGAUCCGCGGGCACGGAUUGGUCUACGAGGCGACCGCGAUAUACAGGCCCGAUUUGUCUGGCGACACCCUGGCAGAGCUGGAGACGCUGGUGGACGGCGGUUCGGUGCACUUCUCGGGAUUCCACUACGUACCUGUUGAUGUAGCUACGCCGCCAGCUUCUGAGGAUGCGUCCGAGGAGUAG